GUCCCACGUAAAACAGGCACAUGUGCCAAGCACAAUCGCCUGAGCCCAUUGGCCUACUAUAUACAGCGACUUUUUGCCAGGCCUAUUUCCACCCCAUUCGGUCACUGCAUGGAACAUCUGCCCACACCAAUGUCAGCCCCCUCGUGUCGGUCCGUGAUGCAGGAACCCUCAGCAAGGCCCCAUGCAUACGUUGACCGCUCGGGUUGGCGGGCAGGACUACAGCCUUCUGUUCGCUCCUCGUUGGGUCGUUGGCGUCCUAGCAGCGCCCAAGUGGUUGGUCUUGAGGUUGCGCGCAACUAUUAUUCUGCAACGAUGCGGUGCGCAGCGUUGAGCUGUCACUCCACCAAGUCCUGAUGGAGUCUGGAGGCUGGUUUGUAAUUGGUGUGACGUUAGUCUUAACAGCGGUGGAACUGACAUGAUUGCUAUAAAAGCAGGGUGUGCAUGCAAUUCAAACCCUGUUCCAGUGGCUUGCGUUUGACUGUGAGACAACCGGAGUCAUUAAGAUGCAGCUCCGGAGCGUCACACUUGCUGCUGUCCUUCAAGUGACUCUCUUUGGAGUUUUGCACGCGGACAAGUGGACAUACAAUGGACCAGAGGGAGAGCACCACUGGUCCAGGCAUUAUCCUUUCUGCGGUGGAGCGUUUCAGUCCCCAAUAGACAUCCAGACUGACCUGCUGAGGUUCGACCCCAUGCUGCGUCCAAUCGAGCUUCACGACUACAACCUCUCAGCCAAUGAGCAUCUUACUCUCGGAAACAAUGGGCAUUCAGUGCAGCUGUCCCUGCCCUCCAGGAUGUUCCUCUCCAGCCUGCCUCACCGCUACUCUGCAGCUCAGCUUCACUUCCACUGGGGCUCCACCAGCACGCCCACCGGCUCCGAACACCUGGUGAACGGCAAGCGCUUUGCGGCAGAGAUGCACAUCGUACACUUCAACUCUGACAAGUACGCCAACGUUUCCCUGGCUGUAGACAAAUCCGAUGGCCUCGCUGUCCUGGGAGUUCUGGUUGAGGUGGGCGAGUUCAAUCCAGCCUUCGACCAGUUUCUAAAGUUCAUCAACGGUAUCAAAUACAGGAAUCAGAGAGUGAAAGUGCCUGGUUUCAACAUCCGUUCGCUGCUGCCUGCUCGUUUGGACGAGUACUACCGCUAUGACGGCUCCCUGACCACCCCUCCGUGUUACCCCAGCGUGCUCUGGACGCUGUUCAGGAGCCCCAUACAGAUCUCCCCAAAGCAGUUCCUAUCCCUGGCUUCGGCUGUGUACUCAUCCCGGGCCCAGGAGUCCAACUCUGUCCCUAUGAACGGCAACUACAGGAGGCCCCAGCUCCCGGACCACCGAGUGGUCCUUGUCUCCUUCCAGGAGGGCAGAGGGCUGCAUGGCAUCCAAACUGUCACGUCUCCACUCGUGAGGAAGCAAAUCAUUCAGCAGCUGCUGGUGGGAGACCUGGCAGACCUGGCUGAUGAAGGCCUGUACAAGCUGCUGCCAAGCGGCCCAGAGAAGCGGCUGGUCGCUGACAAGAAGAGGAAAGCCUUCAACAACCAACACGGACCCAGGACCCAGCAUACCAACCCCAAGAAACAGCUGCUGCAUCCUCCUCCUCCUCCUCCUCCGAAGAGCCGCAGCCACAACCACCUCGGCGGAGGCACGGGGCUGACGGAGGAGGCGCUGUGCUAUGUCUCACUGGAGCACCAAGUCCUCCAUCAGGCCAGGCAGUCGCACACUGAGGCCCAGGUGGUUCACACCCUGAGAGACCUGGUGUUCCCUGACCUGAACCUCAGGAGCUACCUGGGCUGUAAGUCGGAGCUGGAUUUCUCCACAAUCAGACACAUCGUCCGUGGGCGGCCAACCGACGAGGUUUUGGAGCUGGACGGCUCUCUGAGGAGGGCCAGUGUGGGGGUGAUGAAGAAGUUCCCUUCCUUUGCCUCAAAGCAAGGCGUACCGGCGGCUAAGUAUGAGGGUGUCUCCAAUGUGGCCGGGCAAGCCAAGACCCAGCCUCAGGGUUUCCCACACCCAUGGCUCCUGCCCAUGGAGUGGGAAGACUAGAGAUAGGAGAUUGUGACCGUGUAAUGCCCACGCUGACACUGUUCAGCCAGCCGGCCUCUCAGUGCGCCCAAUCCCCGCCAGUAGCACCAGAAGUCGACCUAUGUUUUAAAUGCAGCUAUUUGAGAUGUUCUUUGGACCAGGUUUUUUGCCCAAACGAUUGAUUAAGUUAUAACUUUGAGUGUGUGUACAAAAUGAUCAUCUUUAUUUAUGUUUGAAACUGACUGACUGAAGAUUGUAAACUUGGUAGCAGGAAUCAGUUUCCCUUAAUGAUUACAUUCAACAUUACAUCAAUCAGACUGGGGCCCACCAUGCAAGGCUGGGAUGCACUCAAGGUAUUAACAAACACUUUGUUUGAUAGCAUCCACAAAAUGGCAUAUUGUUUAGAUUUGGCGAAAGCCUAGAACUGCUUUGUGUAAAAUAUUUUGAUUCUGUUCACAAGACCUAUGAGGAGAUCCAUUUUACACAUCCGGCUUGUAUAUUUAUUCAGGUUUUCUAGCUAGCAAUACAGCUUGCACCAGCACAAUUUCCAGAAGGACGGGUGUGAACGCAAUAUUAAAGCAUUAGGUACAGCAGUAGUGCCUUGCUUGAGAAAUGUUUAUGUGUGAGUCUGCUGAUUCCCUUAGAGAGAUACUCAAGGGCUUGUCCCUGCUGUUUGGACUGCUAUUAUAUUGCUUGGAUUGUACUUUUAAAUGAGCAACAUUGUAAUAAAAUACAUAUUAGUAUGCAAUACAAUUUA